UGCACUUGAGAUGGAGAUAAAGUUAUGCAAGCAGCAAAUCAUGGGUGUGAAUAGACAACUUAGGGAGGUAAAACACCGAUUUGACAUAGCCAUAAAAGAGCUAGAAUCCAUGAAGUAUCAUCCUUUACGAGAUUACAAGCCGAUACGUAGUGGAGACCAAGGAAGUACUAGCAAGACGAAGAAGUUGAAAACGAGCAUUAACUAUAGUGGAGACCAAGUGAGUAAUAGCAAGAGGAAGAAGUUGAAAACAAGCAUUAACUGUAAGUUCAUAAACAUUUCUCACUUUUCUUCUUGUACUGGUGUUGCCUGUUCUUACUGUCCAAAUAUUCUCCCUGAGAAUGUUCCUGAAAAUCUUCUUGUUCUUCAAAGUGUGACACAAUGCAAUGUGGAAGAGUUUUAUGCCGAUAUGGACUGUUUGAAAGUAUGACAUGGAGCAAUAUAGUUGCAAACCUCAAUGAGUAAUUUAACAGCAAACGAUGGAUGUUUAAUGUUUGAACUUAUAGAUUUACUUGUUAAUCUUCGUUAUCUUAUCAGUGGUAUCGAUUAUGAGUUCCUUUUUAAUAUACUUACGAACACUUGUUGCCUGGAUUCCGCUAAAGCAGUUCCAGCAAUACACAGAAACGAGGACAAGCUGUUACACUCAGAAUCAGAAUGAUGGUUGGCUGCCACAGAACGCUGAGAGUAGUAGUAGUUGUUGUUUCGUAUCCAAUUAGAUUUGCAGGAAUAAAGCUGAAAUUUUGUCACAGAAGAUAAUGUGGUCUACUUUUGUAAGUUUUGGUUGAUAUGUAGGUGUUACAAUAUCAUGAAUGAAGAUAAAUUUGUUUCAGAAGCUAAGACCGGCUUGUCUGUAUCAAAAGCUCUGUUCUUAUUUACCUUGGCGUUUUUUGUU